AUGUCGUGUAAAAUCUGUUUUAAGUCGGUGCGAAGCGGUCAUAACUUUGAUAAGGUUGCUUGUGGCGUGUGUUCGGGACUAGUGCAUACAACCUGCGCUGGACUUGAUGCUAAUGACGUUAAAUAUAUGACGGACAAUAACCAAAUAUGGCGCUGUAGGGAGUGUAACUUGGAGCGACGAAAAAGUAUGUCGAGUGAGGCGCCGGUGACAACCGUUUCAGUGUCGUCAUUAUCCGAUGUAAUCUCAUUACUCAGAAAAAUAGAGACUGAUUUGGGAAAUUCACUGGAGGCGUGUCAUGCGGAGAUUAAGGAGCUGAAGGAAAGACAGGAGACUCGUAAUGAGAAAUUUGAAACCUGUCUUAACACUAUCGAGACUUUAACUAGGAGAGUCGUGAGUUUAGAAAAGGAGAACAUUCAAUUGAAGGAGCGUGUAGAAGAUUUGGAACAGUAUUCCAGAGUUAAUAUGGUCGAGAUACGGGGCCUGCCUCAGCAAACUAACGAAAACCUCACCUCGAUGGUUUGUAGCAUAUCUGGUGCUCUCGGCUGUCAGAUCACGGAGGAUUCCAUCGACACAUGUCACCGAAUAGGUCGUGCUGGACCAGAGGGGCCGGCUCCAGUUGUCGUCAAAUUCGUCAGGAGAACCGACAAAAACGCGCUGCUUCAAAAGAGGAGAGUUAAGCGUGACUUUUCAAGCAGACACAUCGGCGGUAACACGGAUCGACCGAUCUACAUCAAUGAAUGUCUAUCACCAUCAAGGAGGAAACUUUUCUCAUUGGCCAGAUCUGCACAUAAAGAGCAUCGAUUUCGAUUCCUGUGGGUGAGAGACUGUAAAAUUUUAAUAAGAAAAAAGGAAGGUAGCCCAGUGAUUGAACUCAAGUCAGUCGAACAACUAGAAAACUUGAUAGCUCAAAGCCCAUUGCCAAUAAUCAAUGCUGAUAAAAGUACUGAAAGCACCUCGAAUGAUUAA